GUGAGUAUCUAAUACUGUUGUUUUUCUCGUUGAUUCAGUCGUUACUAUUGAAUGAAGAAAAACUGUUCUAAGUUUAUCGGUAUUUCAAAUGCUCUUUCUUUUAUAGGUUGAAAAUGACUUAAUCAUUACUGCUUGGCAUCCUAUUCGUCUUUCUUCACAGUGGAUUAUGCCAUGUUCACUUGUCUCCUCCGUACAUGAAAUAUCAUGUGAUGCUGUAUAUAACUUUGUACUCGAUCAAGGUCAUACAGUGUUCGUCAAUGAUAUUGAAUGUGUAACGUUAGGCCAUGGAUUUCAAGAAGAUGUCGUUCGACAUGCCUACUAUGGCAGUCAAAGAGUCGUGAAAGAUUUGGAAAAACUUGAUAUCGAACAAAAUAAUGGAGGAAUCAUCGAAAUCAGUGAAGGAGCUUUGAUUCGCAGUAAAAAGACUGGUCUUGUCAAAGGACUUCAAUUACAGGAAAUAUUGGUUCAAUAA